AUGAACCUAUUAUUGAAAUGUGUAAAAAAGCUGGAGCAAGACCAAGAAACUACUACAACAGAACCUAUAACGAAUUUGAAUGAAUCUAAGAGCAAAAAUACUGAUGAAAAAGUUCUACAUAAUGAUAAUCUUAAUAAUCAAAAUUCAAAUCGACAAAAUUUAUCUGACGUGUCUUCUGAAACUCUAGAAAACAAAGUACAGAAUGAAUCCAAUCAACUUGAUACUGAAACUAGUACAAAGCCAAAACAAAUUCAAUUACCUACUACAUCAAAACCAAUUGAAAAUUCUGAAAAAUCUGGAAGCAAAAAUACAGAUAAAAAUCCAAAAUCUACAGAACCAAGUGAUAGUACUAGAAAACAAAAAUUAGAAGAACAAGUUAAAUCUAGUAAAAAUUCUAGUAAACAAAAAAUAGACAACCAAGAUGGAGUUUCUAAACCUGCUAAAAUUCCUGUAAAUUCCAUCAAAGAUAAUGCAAAUAAUAACUUAGAAAACUCUGGUAAAUCUGAAAGCAAAAAUAUAGAUAACAAUCCAAAAUUUCCAAAAGCAAGUGAUAUGGGUACUGGAAAACAAAACUCAGAAGAACAAGUUGAAUCUGGUACAAAUUCUAGUAAACAAAAUAUAUACAAUCAAGACACAGAAUCAGAAACUAAUAAAAUUCCUGAAAAUUCUGUCAAAGAUAAUGAAAAUAAUAACUUAGAAAAUUCUGGUGAAUCUGAAAGCAAAAAUACAGAUGAAAUCCUGGAGAACAAAAAUCAAAAGAACAAAAUUCUUGAAAGUUCCAUCACAAAUAAUGAAGAUGAUAACUUAGAAUUUCCACAAACUUUAAGUAAAAAAUCACAAAUUAAACCUAAAGAGGAUCCGUCAUAUGCAAAUACAAAUUUUACAGAACAAGGUACCAAUGAACAAAAUCAAGGUACAGAAACUGAUAAAAAUCUACAAAAUGUAACUGAUGAAUCUUCUGGAAGUCCAAAAAGUCAAAAAAACGUUGAUGAAUCUGAUGAACCUGAAUCUCAAGCCAUAAAUAGUGAUGGUAACCAAAGCAAUUCAGUACCAUCAAAUGAUAAUAAAAAGCAAAAAAUAAGUGAAUCUAAUACAGAUUCUAGUAAUCAAAACGUGGAUAUCCAAAUUCCAAAUGCUACAGUUUCAGAUUCUAGUAAAAUUUCUGAAAAUUCUACCAAAGAUGAAGAAAAUAGUCAAGUUUUGUCUCCAUCUGAGUCAACUUCUGAACCAAAUAUCAAAUCUGAUAUAGAUUUAUCAACUGAAGCUCCAAAGUUGAAAAAACAACAAGAUGAUGGAUCAAAAGCAAAUAAUGUUCCUACAAGUUCUCAGACCAAACAACCUUAUCAAAAUACUGGUGGCAGUGGAGCAUCACUUGCUAGAGCUUUUACUGGAUAA